UCUGUGUCAGCAUGGAUACGGUUUCCAUUUCUAGAGAGCGUGAUGAUGCUGAAAUCAUAGAUUCGUCCACAACAGAGGGACCUUCUCAGAAUGCACCUCAAAGCGAGAUCCCUGAGGUUUCUCUGUGUCCUCCGGACAAUGACAGCACGACUGGUCAGAUGUUCAUGGUCAAGAUAGAGGAGAACAGCAGCAGUCCAUCCAAGUCACACAACUGUACUCUCCUCCACCGCCAAGUAUCACAGGGCUCCGCCUAUCACUCACCACAGCCCAAAAUAUGCCCCUGCUGUGGCCACAAACAGUCACUUGAUAGCAAUGUCUAUCCUGGUCAAAUGAAUGCUUUCCAUCCAGCAGACUGUUCGGUGAACCCUGUUAAGACUGUCCAUAGCUGCAGUCCAUCUCACCUGCCUUCAGGUCACAAUAAAAUGCAAUGCCAUUGGGUUCGUGGAUCUCAUGAUGGCAGUAACCACAAGCCUGUACAAUGUCACAUGGUGACAGUGAGGGAUGAUGGUCUACGUAGGAUUCCAAGAAGCUAUUCACAGGUCAUAGUGGAAUACCCAUUGGCCGUACUCAUUUCAUGUACAGUAGUUCUGUUUGCCUGUUCUCUUGCUGGGAUUUUGACUGGUCCCCUGCCAGACUUCUCUGACCCUUUACAGGGAUUUGAACCUCGUGGAACAGAAAUCAGCAUCAGGCUCGCAACCUGGAUGAGAUUACAGCAAAACACUGGGCCUGGAAAAUCACUGUCCCCAGCUCCAUGGCAACUCGGAGACAGAACUACAGCAGGAGAGGACACAAGUAGGGCUCAACCUCAAUUACGACAACGGCCAAGGAGAAUGUUGCACAGAGAUUACACCGAGCACAACUUUUUCUGUAAUGCCCCAGGAGAGCAUUAUGCUCAGCUGGUAUUCCGCUCAGGAAACUCUGCCAGUCUCUGGAGUCUAAAGGCAAUUUACUCCAUGUGCCAGAUGGAACUGACACAGAUCCGUUCUGGGACCCAAUUUGAUCAUCUUUGCCAGGUUAGAUCAGACUUAGACAGCUCCAUGGUGAAGAAUGAGUGCUGUCCAAGUUGGUCUCUGGGAAACUAUUUGGCUCUUCUCAACAAUGUUUCCUCCUGCUUCAGUCUGACUGCCCAACAGGUGUCUGAAAGUCUAGGCCUGCUCAGAUUCUGUGCUCCUUACUACCACGAUGGAAGUCUGGUAGCAUCAUGUACUGAGAGGAGUAAAUUUGGCCGCUGUGCAUCAGUCCCACACCGCUGUAAGCAGCCAAUGAUCUUCCAGAUUCUUCACUACCUUGUGGACAAAGACUUCCUGGGGCCACUGACUGUUGAAUAUAAGGUCCCAUCCCUAAAAUAUAGUCUUCUAUUUCUACCAGUUGAGAAAGGAGAUCCAUUGAUGAAGAUAUAUUUGGACCAUCUAGAUGGUCACGAGCUCACAAACAACAUGACCACUAUAACAGGAAUGGAUUUGGGCAUUAAACAAAAACUUUUCAAGUAUUACUUGGCACGAGACUCUGUCUAUCCUCUUCUUGCAGCUCUUGCUCUUUUGCUCACAAUGGGCCUAUAUCUCAAAUCACUACUUAUAGCAGCAAUGUCACUGGUUGCUGUCAUAUUAUCACUUCUCACCUCAUAUUUUUUCUACAAAGUUGCAUUUCGGUUAACAUUUUUUCCACUUCUUAAUCUCGCAUCAGUCCUUGUUCUUUUAGGAAGUAGUCUAAAUCAAGCCCUCAUUUUUGUUGACUUUUGGAAACUACAGCUAAGUCACAACCCACCACCUAUCCCAGAGAAGAGAAUGAACCGGGUAUUACAGGAAAUGGGAUACUUGAUAUUAGUAUCAGGACUUACAUCUAGCAUUACAUUUUACUCAGGCUACAUAAGCAGCAUCACAGCUGUGAGAUGCUAUGCUGUAUACCUUGGCAGUGCCUCAUUAAUCAAUACGUUAUUUGCACUUGUUUGGCUUCCGUGCACACUUAUUUUGCAUGAACGCUAUGCUGUGCUAUCUUCUAACCCUGUCACAAAGUCUGAGUGGAAGCCCUGCUGUUCAAAAAACGCUGGUGGAUUCUGGGAGACAAGUUCAAGAAAGCGCUGUCUUUUUACAUUUAGACAGAAGCUUCGAAUGCUAGGCCGAGGGUUUUCAGACACAUCAAACCUACUGUUUUUAAAGAUCCUGCCUUGUGGAGUAGUAAAAUUCCGCUAUAUAUGGAUCUGCUGGUUUGCUGUGUUGGCAGCUGGAGGAACAUACAUAUCAUGUGUGGACCCUGGCAUGAAACUGCCGACUUCAGAUGGCAGGGCAACUCAAAUGUUCCGAUCUAGUCAUCCCUUCGAGAGAUAUGACGCUGAAUAUCGCCACCAGUUCAUGUUUGAGCGAAUGAAGCAGGGAGAAGAUGAGCCCAUGACAAUGACUCUAAUUUGGGGUGUCAUUCCAUCAGAUGAAGGUGAUCGCUUCAAUCCAAAUAGCAAUGGCUCUUUAUCUAUGGAUCCGGAGUUCAAUAUGAGCAGUCCUCAAGCCCAAGUGUGGUUGCGAGACCUAUGUGGAAAAAUUCAAAACCAGAGCUUCUAUUCAGCCAUUUCAGCUGACCAAGAAGCAGUGGAGGACAAUGUGUGUUUCAUUGAAAACUUGAUUCACUGGGUUUCCUCACGCCGCUGUUCUAAAAGUGCGGAUGCAUUCAGUUUCUGCUGUAAUAACAUUCCCUUUCCUUACCCCCCAAGUUUUUUCGAGCAGUGCCUUAGCAUGAUGGUGUCAGAGCAGCAAACAGAGGGCCACUUACCAAAUGCUGGAGGCAUACGGUUUGACUCAGAGGGUCGAAUCAUUGCCCUUGUGGUAUUGUUCAAAACUGUCCAACUUUACAGUUUCAACUUCAGCAGAAUGUCGCAAUUCUACCAAGAGGUUUCGCUGUGGUUUAAUGAGGAAAUUUCGAAGGCUCCAAUGGGACUGCAGAAAGGAUGGUUUGUAAGCCAGUUAGGUUUAUAUGACCUUCAGCAAUGUCUGAGUUCAGAGACAUUAGAAGUGGCAGGCUUUUCAGUAGCCCUCACAUUUGCAAUGCUCCUGCUCACAACAUGGAAUAUUCCACUAAGCAUAUAUGUGUCCAUUUCUGUGGGAGGAAGCGUUUUUGCUACCGUUGGCCUGCUCGUGCUUUUAGAAUGGCAGUUAAAUGGUGUGGAAGCACUCUUCAUAUCAGCAGCUGCAGGACUCUCUGUUGACUUUGUAGCCAAUUAUUGCAUUUCAUAUAGUCUGGCUCCACACAAUGACAGACUGGGCAGGGUUGCACAUUCCCUAAAGAGAAUGGGAUGUCCAGUAGCCAUAGGUGCUGGAGCUUAUUUUUGCGUGGGCAUCAUUAUGCUACCCGCAACCGCACUGGUUUUCAGGAAGCUUGGAAUUUUUCUCCUGCUCGUUAAGUGUGUGGCAUGCGGCUUCGCCACUUUUUUCUUCCAGUCAUUGUGCUGCUUCUUUGGCCCUCAAAAGAACUGCGGGAAAGUAAACCUACCAUGUGUCAUGAAGAAGGAAUCUCCCUGUUCAGCUGCAGAACCUGGGACUGCCAAUUCCUCAGCUAAUGGGGCAUUUGGCUGUGGCACAGGUUCUCGGGUUCGAAGGAAUAUUAAUAAAGAAAGUGAUGGUUUCCUCUGCCCCAAUCAGCAGAACCAUAGAAAGCGGCAACCCGGAGGGAGGGAGACAGAACAGUAUGAGCUGCAGCCUCUUGCCUGCCAGUUGAGCGACAGCUUUGAGAAUAGCACUUGCACCAGCAAGCUGUCCAACAGACCUUCUGUCCUUUCUGAUGAUAUUCAGUUUUGUGGCCUUAGUCCAAGGCAAGACUAUGAUCAUGUCAGCAUUGAAGCUGACACCGAAGAAAUGUGUAGCAGGCACCUUAAAGGCUGCAACCCACCUCCAGCACUACAGACCUCAUCCCCGUACAAAGACAAUAUGUUGCGUCCUAAAGUUGCUCCUCCACAAAAACUGUCGAAGGAGAAGGUUUUGUGCAAGAAAUGCCGAAGCCAGUCUAGCAGUGGGCUCCAACUUUGGAACGUCUCUUUGUCAUCUUCCUCUAGUAUGGAAGAAAUCAUUAUUACUCAGACUAUAGACACAGUAAAUGAAAGGUCACUCUCAAUAGAUGAGACCACUAGCUGCCAGCUACAUAAACGUCUUCUGUCAUGCCAGUCUCAGAGCUCCAUGGAGGGCCUGGAAGAUUCCAAUGAGACCUGCCUAAGUGAUGUUGAGCCUGCUCUCUCUGUCCCUCAAGCUGUUAAGAUGGAGGGAGAGUUACAACCUGGCCACCUAAAUGGCAAAAGGGACACCUUACGUCUGUCCUUAAAGGAUACGGUAUAUGACCUUGCCUCUCCAGGGUCUGGCAGGGUGAGGACCACCCAAAGUGAAGUGCCAGUGAUCCUGCCUAACAGUAAACCUGAUAUGCCAGAUGUUUGGAUCAAAAGGGAAGGAAAAGGGGAAGGUGGGAGCUAAUCAAUACUGUCAAC